AGAGCACAUUUGAGGGUCACAUUAGGCCAAGAUGGGGCGAAGGAGCAUCUUGUUUCUUCUCCUUUUAGCGGUUUCAACCUUUAGCUCAGUUAAUGGCGCCCCUUCUGCUCAAUGCUACGCUGACAUUUUGGCUUACCAAAUAGGACUCGGCACACUUGAAUCAUGGGCACUCAAAAUGCUCGAUUCGUCAUCAAAGUUACCCCCCGAGGGCAUUCUCCAAGGGUCCUUCCUGUUCCAGCUGGGCAACUUUGACGAGUGCCUCUCAGUAAAAGGGCCUUUGAACAGCGACAACGAGCCCAGGUUCAACGGAAAAUACUGCCGAGUGCAGCUGGGAUUCAAGGCAACGAAUAAAACUGAUCCAAAGUCUCAGCUACUUUUCACCCAAAUGAAAUUAGCCUACGACAAAAUCUCGAAUGGCAUCAGCUUCAAGGAUACCAUUGGAAUGAUUAAAAGUCUUGAGCCGCAAACUGGAUUACUUCCCGACGCGACGAUUCUUGCCCAGUGGGCUGUGUGCGCUCCGUCUUCCUGCACCGCUGAUGGCGUUAAAAUAGUCGCUGAUUUCAAUCUUAGGCAAUUUUUUUCUGCCUUUAAUCUGGAUAUCGACACUGCGGUAAUUGAGGGAUCCUGCCAGUUUGAAGGAGAUGGAAAACAAGAUUUGGACACAGGCUCUUGGGCUUUCGUAAUCUUCUUUUUGACUUUGACACUCGCCAUGGUAUUUGCUACGAUUUUCGACUACGUUUGGCCUAAAGGAGAAGAUUUGCACGUAGCCGUGCAGGCAUUUUCGCUGAGAACAAAUUUGCGGAAUUUGUACACGCUGCCGAAAAGUGCUGCACCUGGCCAGCUGACCUGCCUGCAUGGAAUCAGGGUUUUUAGUACUUGGUGGAUUAUCCUCAUCCAUUGCUUCACGUCGUACGUUUUUCUUCCUCACAUCAACGCUCGGAUGGCCAUUGAAACAUAUUUGUUUCAAUGGUCCAUGGCCCCUUUAUACAACGCAUCGUUGGCCGUAGACACAUUUUUCUUCCUAAGUGGGUUGCUAACUGUUUACUUAGUCUUGUUGGAUCAGAAAAAAGGUCGCUCCUUCAAUUUUUUCAAAUUUAUUCUCUACAGAUAUUUGAGAAUUUCUCUGCCACUGGCCGCAAUGAUUUUUUAUCUUGCAACACUGCACAAAAGGGCAGGAGUGGCUCCCAUGUGGGACCUGUGCAUUGAGCCCCAGAGCCAAAUUUGCGGAGACUACUGGUGGGUGUCCCUACUUUACUUUGCUAAUUUCUACAAACCAGCAGAAACUAUGUGCAUGGCGCAAGCUUGGUACUUAAUGGUGGAGAUGCAGCUGGCCGUGCUGACCCCUAUUGUUAUUUAUCCACUGCUCAAGUGGCCGAUAAUCGGUCUUGGAAUCAUUGGGGCUCUCACUUUGGGCUCCAUUGCCAUGACGUUUGGACUGACUUUGGUCUACAAUUUUCCCUGGACUGUGACUCUCAUCCCAGUUGAAUCUACUGCAGAUUUCGGACAGUUAAUAUCAGCAAAUCCGGCGGCUCGAGCAGCGCCGUAUUUAUGCGGGAUGGCACUGGCCUACGUCCUUGCGAAUAAAAUCACGUUCAAAUUACCGAAAUGGGGUGUGGUGCUUGAAUGGAUCUUAAACUCAGCAGCUUGUUUAGCUAUUGUCUACUCCAUCAUGAUCGUAAACAAUAAAAACUUCGUCUACGAUAACCUGGAAGCUGCUUUCUACGCUUCGCUUCACAGAUUCGGAUGGGCUGUUGGUUUGAGUUGGAUCGUUUGGGCCUGUGUCAAUGGAUAUGGCGGUCCGGUGAACUCUAUUUUGUCUUGGAAAUAUUUCCUGCCUCUCAGCAAACUCAGUUACUGUGCUUUCCUGGUGCAUAUUGAUGAAAUUUUUUACCACAUAGCGCUAAAUCGGACUGAAACGUUCUUUUCAAUUUUUGAAAUAGUUUUCGAGUUUUUCGGAACUUUGAUUAUGAUGAUUCCAGCGACGAUGUGGCUUUACUUGGCCGUUGAUGCUCCAUGCCAAACGAUUAUAAGAGUUGCAUUUGGAAAAGCUAAUCGCUCUGCAGCUGGCACGCAAAGUAAAGAUAAAUUAGAGGAAGAAAAAGAGGAAGAACCAACUCCAGAAAAGAAAGCAGAAGAAUCACAAGAUAUUAAGAGCGAUAAUUAACGAAUUUGUUAUAAUUUGAUUAUCUCUAUAAUCAACUAGUGGUGAUUUCAUGAUGUUUGUUUAAAUUUUUUCGUCAAUGAGAUUGGAUGAUUUAUUUUAGAUAAGCUCAAUAAAUUGGAAUUAUAAAAGAGC